UUUAGUAUAAAAUGGGGUGCCAAAUAGAUUUCUCUUUCAUGACAUGACAUGAGUGAUUCGGAUUAAAUUGGCCCAAAUAGUAGGUCUUCAAAUAAAAGCCCAACAUAACAAAUAAAGCCCAAACUUUCUUCAUCAAGAAUCUCACAAACUCAAAUCCCAUUUCUCACAAACUCAAAUCAUUCUCUUCUUCUUGAUCUCUCUCUUCUUGGACGCCAUUUUCGUUUUCUCUCAAAAUCUCUCUGCAAACCAGUGGAUGGCAAAAAACAACAAAUAUGCUUCCAUCAACUUCAACCACAUCUACGACAAAUCCAUAACAACCACCACAAACUCAUCAAAAAGCCCCUCCAUUUCUUCAUCUUCAUCCUCCUUCUCCUCCGCUUCCUAUUCUGCAGUUUCCGCUCCCAACAAACAUGGCCGCAUCCUCGUUCUAACACGACCCACACCGAAACCCAUCGCACAACCUCCCACCCCUUCUCCCGCACCACCAUCCAAACCAACCCCGAUCUUACAGACUCCUCCAGAUCGACCCCGGUCCGAACCGGGACCAGAUUCGAUCUCGCUUCGUCCUCUCGGUCGAACCGGUGUCGGGUCGCCUCUUUUACCAACCCCGAAUCUGAAUCACGAGAAAGAGAAAGAUUUGCCUUCUCUGAAGCCCAAUAAGUUUAUCCCGCCGCAUCUUCGACCGGGGUUUGUGCCCAGAGGGGAGCCUCCUAGGCCGGAAUUGGGUCGGUUUAGGGAAAACUUGCGACCCAAGUCUGGUGGAAACGAGAGGAUGAGGAGGGUUGGUGUCUCAGAUUCGAGUUUCCAGAAUCGCCCCAGUUCUAGCGGAUGAUAAAAAUGAUGAUGAAUAGUUGAGUUCUUUUCUGAUAUCUGAAAUCAUUGAAGAUGAAGACAGAUUCUCAACACCUAACUCUCACAAUUUGUAAUGAAAAUUGUAGAUUUUGACAAGAUGAUUUGCUUCUGAUGAUGACAAUAGUGUUGUAGAAUUAGAAUCUAAGUACAUAUUUUUAAUUUCAUGUUGAACUUUUUUUGCUGUUUUUUUGGGCAUGCCGUUGUGAUUUGAGCAUGUGUUGUUUGUUGUAUUUCAUCUUUUGGUAGUGUUUUGCACAAGCUUGGCUUUUCAGUUUCUAUAAUCAAUAUACUAAUAUCUAAUGCUUAUACUCUUCAAAA